CCAGCCACCGCAGAAAUUCAUUGACGCUCUAUCCGCGAACACGACGCUCAGGUCUCUUGAACUUUGGGCAGAGUGGAAUAUAGACGAGCCACCCGGUACUCUCGGAGAAUACGUGAGGAGCAAUCGAUUGCUUACGAAUCUCAUGCUUUUUGGCGAAGACAUGGAUCGCGAAGAGCUGCUGCUCGAGGAGGCCCUUGUUCGUAACUCCACGCUCACCACGCUUAGAAUUGGUAGGCUUUGCGGUGGCGAAAGAACCGUGCGUUUCCUGACCAGGAUACUCGCAGAAUGUACCGGCCUAAAGAAACUCACUCUCGGUGGCUUGCGGGACGAGUUUGUCAAUAUAUCAGAGGCAACAUUGACUCGCUGCACGGAAGCACUGGCGGUGAACGAAAUGUUGCAAGAACUCACGCUUCCGUAUUCCUUGUGGCAUUCGAACAACUGGAUCGCUUACUUCGCGUUCCUACCAAGGAACAAACAUUUAAAGAAGCUAGAAGUUUCCGAAAUGUUGAGUAGGCAUUAUGAAACGCUUCCGCCUGUCCUCGAAGUAUUGGCACAGACGGACUCAUCGGGACGUGUUUCCUUCGGGUGUUACAUGCACAGGACGGUAGACGAAGGCCUCAUGCGUUGCCGAGCGUUUUCAGAGAUCAAUAUACACGGAGACACGAGCUGGAAAGUUAGCGCUUUACAACGACUGCCUUGGAUGGAUCACUACACCUCCGUCACAAUAAGUUUAUUCGAGCGCGAUGAACGUUUGUUCUCCUAUGCCGCCAAUUACAUCCGGGCAACAAACGUGCUGCGCAAACUUUGCCUGAUGGUGACACUUGCAGCGAAAAAUGCGCCCUCAUCGUGCUGGACACUUCUCUUCGAAGCCAUUUCGGGCAACACCAGCAUCGCAGAUCUCUGCAUUUACAGCGGCGACAAUUUCGCAUAUACUGACCGCCUCGCUCGCAUUGUCGGGCUCAGCAGGUGGAUCACGCGAGCGUCCUAUUCAGAGAGUAGCAAAGAAUCGAACCCCAAUGGCUUCAUUUUGCCAUUGUCGAAGGCAAUGGGCGAGAACUAUAAUCUCCUGAAAGUCGACCUGUGCCCCUUUGCUAAAAUGGACGCCGAAGCGAGGCACUGCUGGUCCAUAAUCAGGAAAACGACCCGAAGGAACUAUGACUUGGUGGAACUUGCUGGUGCCUUCAACCAGACCUCUGAACUAGACUGGUACACUGCCAACGCAUUGGAAAAAGUCUCACGACGUCCAGCGCUUCUGAGAGAGCUCGCGGAAAAGGAGGGCAUUGCCGCAGACGAAGUGGCCAGUAUGGUUCGAAGUCGUCUCCAGACCGUCGAUGGACUAAACGACUUCAUGCGACUGACUAGCGUCGUCAAGGAACGCGUGACGUGCGCUCCACCUGUCGACGGCUGUAGCAAGCAACUGCACGACCUGAACAUUUACUGCUGGCGCCGGGUUAGGCAAUACUUGAGUUUCGAUGACGUGAAACGCGUUAUUGUCACCGUACGAGACCACGCCAGGCCUAGCUGGACCACAAGAUGUAAGGAGUGACCGAAAGGCAAUAAAUACAGUA